AUGUAUGUGAGCAAGACUAUAUCAGAACUUCUCAACAUCAUCAACAAGCUCAAGCUCUUUUCCUGCCAGAGAGGCGGUGAGCCUUUGGGAAGGGAGACCCAUGUUGCCUCAUUGAGGUGUGUCCAGCACAGGCCUGGCCAUCAGGCGCUCGCCAAUGAGCUCCACCUCCAGGCCUGGCUCCAGAGGUGGGCCCUGGUCACCUGCGUCCAGGACAACAGACAACUGAAAGCAACUUGCCUCUUAGUGUAUGGACAACCUUAUCUUGUGCAGAGUAUAGCGAUGAAGUUCUGUGUGCUCUGGCUGCUGAUUUUGGCAACAUCGGUGCAAGUGAUCUGUCAGCACUGGUCUUAUGGACUGAACCCUGGAGGAAAAAGAGAGCUGCACCCUUUCAACCAGCAAACCAAUGUACCGGUGGUUGGUGGCUUUCAACAUCUGGGCAAGCCUUGCAGAGUCCUGGCAUGUGGAGACUUGUCACCUUUUGCCAAACUUUGUAGGAUGAAAGAAUUUCAUGGAAAUACUGCUGGUAGACAAUCUGGACAAAAAAUAUUUAAAACAAAAUAAUGUGGUUGCAUAAUAAACAAUCUGCAUCACUCUGUCUUGUGAUUUUUGUGU